AUGCGGUUAUGGGCGCUCUCCAUUUCGUGUUUUUUUCUAAGUGUCUAUGGCGAGGAAUUCCCUUCUCUUAUCACAGCCAAUGCUUCUAUAGCGGUGGUGCUAGAUCGCCAGUACCUCGGAGAGCAGUACCAGCCAAUUCUAGACAGCUUGAAGGACUACAUCAAGGAACUGGCGCGGGUGGAAUUGAAACACGGCGGGGUUGUCGUUCACUACUUCUCUUGGUCCACUAUCAGCCUUAAAAAAGGUUUCCUAGCAGUUUUCAGCAUUGCAUCAUGUGAAGACACCUGGUCAUUAUUCUCCAGAACGGAGGAGGAAGAGCUUCUUCUGUUUGCGUUGACUGAGGUCGACUGCCCCCGACUUCCUUUGCAGUCGGCUAUAACUGUGACGUAUAUGGACCAAGGACAGGAGUUGCCGCAAAUUUUUCUUGAUCUGAGAACGACGAGAGCUUUCAAGUGGAAGUCUGCUGUUAUAUUGCAUGAUGAUACGCUCAAUCGCGACAUGGUAUCCAGAGUGGUGCAGUCUCUGACUCUUCAGGUGGGCGACGACAGCGUCCCGUCCAUCUCUGUGACGGUGUUCAAAAUGAAACACGAGGUCAACGAGUACCUGCGAAGGAAGGAGAUGUAUAGAGUGCUCUCGAAGUUACCUGUCAAGUAUAUAGGCGAGAACUUCGUAGCAAUAGUGACAACAGAAGUUAUGACGACCAUGACAGAGGUAGCCCGCGACCUGUCAAUGACCCACACAAUGGCUCAGUGGUUGUACGUCAUAUCAGAUACCAGCGCCCAUAGCGGCAACCUUUCGAACCUGAUAAACGCCUUGUAUGAGGGAGAAAACCUAGCGUUUAUGUACAACGUUACUGAUGACAAUACUGACUGUCAGAACGGCAUAUUAUGCUACAGCCAAGAAAUGCUGAACGCAUUCGUAUCGGCUUUGGACAUGGCUGUGCAAGAUGAGUUUGACGUGGCUGCCCAGGUCUCUGAUGAGGAGUGGGAAGCCAUAAGACCUUCGAAACUGCAGAGGAGGAACAUGCUGUUGAAACACAUGCAGCAACACAUAUCUUCAAAAAGCCGCUGCGGCAACUGUAGCACCUGGCGUGGCUUGGCUGCCGACACUUGGGGCGCCACCUACCGGCAGUUCACGGAGACAGACCAGGGAAGCCAGGAAACCAAGGAGAAGGACCAUGUCAAUAUGAACAUCACCACGCCGGUUAUAGAGCAGAUUGAUCUGUUGCAGGUUGGCAGUUGGAGACCAAUCGACGCUAUGAGGUAUACCGAUGUAUUAUUUCCUCACGUAGAGCAGGGGUUCCGAGGGAAAGAGCUGCCAAUUAUCACUUUUCAUAAUCCGCCUUGGUCAAUUCUGCAAGUCAACGAAUCUGGCAUGAUUUCAGGAUACUCUGGUCUUAUGUUUGACAUUGUAGAACAACUCGCAAAAAAUAAGAAUUUCACAAUUAAAAUCUUGUUACCCGGUAAUGUAAAACAAGAUUUCUCCAAUGACUCUUCAUCAGAUUCAAUGCACAGCCGAAGCGCCAUGCUGGCCAUAUCAGCCAUUUCCAAAGGUCAAGCAGCAUUAGCUGCAUCAUCGUUCACAGUUGUUCCUGACCCUGUUCCAGGUAUCAACUACACUAUGGCAGUAAGCACUCAGCCGUAUGCAUUCAUCAUCGCUAGACCACGAAAUCUUAGCAGAGCGUUACUUUUCCUUCUUCCAUUUACUACGGAUACGUGGCUGUGUCUAGGUUUGGCUGUGAUCCUCAUGGGCCCCAUGCUAUACGUGGUCCACCGUCUCAGCCCAUAUUACGAGGCUAUGGAGAUUACCCGUCAAGGAGGACUGUCCACUAUUCACAACUGCUUGUGGUAUGUCUACGGGGCGUUGCUGCAGCAAGGUGGUAUGUACCUUCCACGAGCCGAUAGCGGUCGCUUAGUCGUCGGUACCUGGUGGCUGGUCGUCUUGGUGGUAGUGACCACUUACUCUGGCAAUCUGGUGGCUUUCCUCACCUUCCCUAAGCAAGAAGUGCCGGUGACCACAAUUGCGGAAUUGCUUGAAAAUGGCGCAACGUACACUUGGUCUAUAAGAAAAGGAUCCUAUUUGGAGAAGGAGUUAAAGAAUUCCGAUGAAGCUAAAUACAACUCGCUUUUGAAAGGAGCUGAAGUUUUGACUGAGACGAAGACUAUUGAUGGGUCUUCUGUAAUGGGGUCACGUAUACUGGAGCGGGUUCGCUACCAGCGGCACGUGGUCAUCGACUGGAAACUCCGCCUCAGCUACCUCAUGCGGGCCGACUACCUCGCCACCGACACCUGUGAUUUUGCUCUGAGUUCUGAAGAGUUUUUGGACGAGCAAAUCGCAAUGAUAGUGCCUGCCGCUAGUCCCUACUUAAAUGUCAUCAAUAAAGAGAUAAAUCGCAUGCAGAAAGCAGGUCUGAUCACCAAGUGGCUGUCAGCAUACCUCCCCAAACGUGAUCGUUGCUGGAAGACCUCGUCCAUCGCUCAGGAAGUGAACAAUCACACCGUCAAUCUGAGUGACAUGCAGGGGUCAUUCUUCGUGCUGUUCUUGGGUAGGAGUAUAAUUUUUGGAGCUUACUUCCCCAAACGAGACGGCUGCUGGAAGAUUUCGUCCGUCGCUCAGGAAGUGAACAACCAUACUGUUUUCUUGUAACUUUGUAUGGAUUUUGUAUGCAAAAUGUUUCUAUUGUAAAUUUGGGAUUAUUUUCGAUGAUGUUUUCUGAAACAAUCCAAAACCAAGACAAUUUAAUUUAAUAAAUAUCGUCUAUUUUGCGAACCACAGAUUGUCGCGAAUGCCUUCUGUUUUCCUCAAACCAUUUUUCUGACUAUCAUUUGUUAUCUUAUUGACUUUAACUUCUUUUAAU